AAUCAUCGAAGGGAUUACAAAUUCAAAUUCUCCGAUCCUUCGACCCAAAAAUCCGGGGUGACAAAUUCAAAUUCCCCAAUCCUUCGACCCAAAAAUCCAAUUUCUGAGAGGGCGGUCUGCUCGUAAAAACGGCGGUAGACAGUCACUGUAUUCUGUUUCUUCUCUUCUUCUCUACCAAAAAAUCGCAGCAACAUCUUCAGAAAUCUGAAUCAUUUCUCAAACUUCAAUAUCCUUUGUAUUUAGAUUUUUCUGUUCUUCGUUUUCCUUGUUUUCAAUAAUAUGAACCUCCUUCGCAUUCAGUUCUCAAGGAUUUCCAUCAACCACCUCCGUAACUCGAAUUUAUCCAACCCCCAUUUCGUUUCUCUCAGAACAUUUUCAACCCAUUCAAGUUUGUUGAAUUCUAAUCAUGGUAAUUGCAGAAGUUUUCUCCUUUUAUCUCAAAUCCGAAACUGCCCGGUUCCCGUCGUCUCUUUUACAAAAUUUCGUUUGAAUUUCUUCUCAAGUAGGGCACCUUCAAGAUCCUUCAGGAGGAGGGCGAGCAAAAGAUUGAAAUCCAGCAUCAAACCUUCACUGGACGAAACCCUAUUUCAGGCGGCAGUUUCCCAAAUCCCUCCAAGAUUUAGCCCCGAAGAACUCUGUAAUGUCAUUUCUCUCCAGGAAGAUCCCAUGGUGUGCUUUGAGCUGUUCAAUUGGGCCUCACAGCAGCCUCGGUUCAGACACGAUGUUUCCACAUAUGAGAUUACAAUUAAGAAGCUGGGUGAGGCCAAAAUGUUCGAGGAAAUGGAUGAUGUUGUGAACCAGGUGCUUGCUGUUCCUUCUAUUGGUUCUGAGACUCUUUACAAUACUAUGAUUUAUUUCUUCACUGAGGCGAGGAAGUUGACUAGAGCUAUUAAUAUAUUUAAGCAUAUGCAGAACAACAGAAACUUGAACUGUAGGCCUUCAAUUAGAACCUAUAAUCUUCUUUUUACUGCAUUCUUAAGUCGGGGUCGUAAUGCUUAUAUAAACCAUAUGUAUAUGGAGACCAUUAGAUGUCUGUUCAGGCAAAUGGUGAAUGAUGGGAUUGAACCUGACAUAUUCACUUUGAAUUGUAUGAUUAAGGGGUAUGUGCUUUCCUUGCAUAUCAAUGAUGCUCUGAGGAUUUUUCACCAAAUGGGUGUUGUGUAUAGCAGCCUCCCAAAUUCAUUUUCCUAUGAUUAUUUGAUUCAUGGGUUAUGUGCACAAGGACGAACGGAUAAUGCAAGGGAGUUGUGCAAUGAAAUGAAGGAAAAGGGGUUCGUCCCGAGUAGUAUAUCGUAUAAUUCAAUUGUGAAUGCUAUGGCUCUCAAUGGAGAGGUUGAAGAAGCAGUUAAUUAUUUGUGGGAGAUGAUUGGUAAUAGAAGGUCAGCUGAUUUUGUUACGUAUAGGACGGUAUUAGAUGAAAUGUGCAGGCAAGGGAGGGUGGGAGAAGCCACAAAUUUGUUGAGGGAAUUGCAAGAGAAGGAUCUUGUGGAUGGACAUACUUAUAGGAAACUUUGCUAUGUGCUUGAAGAUGACUAUGGAAAUUUAAAUUGAUGGCUGGCUGUUGUUGAGGUGGAGUUAUGGCACUGUGCGAUCUAGGAAGACAGGAUCGCGACAUUUCACAUUAGAACUCAGAUGAGGAAGAUAGAAAAGCACCCCAUUUCGCUCUCUCCACGUCCCUAAUUGUAGUUCUCUAUCAAUUGAAGGUCUAAGACUUACUGCUGUCAUUUGCCAACAUGAACGGUAAUUGACAUGUACUCCUUUCUUUGAUGUCGGAGGUUCAAAUCCCAUAUCCCCAAGACGUAUUGGUGCCAUUUACUAAAAACUUCUGAUUUAUCCAGAUGCCUUGCCUCAUAAAGCUAUAAAUUGAGAAGAUUGUACUGGAGCGACAGCUGGUGCAUAUCUAUUGUCGCUACACGGCUUAUAAAUUCUACAGAUAUUUGUUAAUCAGUGGGGUGUAUUCUCAUGUGAAGGAGCCGUCUUUGUGGGAGCUGAGAUCCAAAAGGGAGUUAGAGUAGGGCCCUUUAACAAGAUAUCUUCACCAAAAGAAGCUCGUGAUCCCUUUAUGGCUUUGUCCCAUCAAGUUCAAGGUACUUCUGCACAUGGUGGAUCCUACGAGUUACUUAGGCGAUCGAAUGUAGUAGGGUCAGACGGUUGUCUAGUGAGAUUUCUCGAGAUGCCCGCAAGCUGAUCUGAACACUCAUGGAUAUCCAAAAAAACAAAAAGCUCCCAAAGAAUUUCUGAGCACUCGAUGGCAGGAAAGAAACCAUAACCAACAAAAAAACAGAGCAGUCAGCCAUUCUCACCACGGGCAGUCACCAAACGCUUGCAGUUGGUCGAUGGAGAGAUCAAGAAUUUACAAAGUGAUGUAGGUGAGAUUAAGCAAAUACUGGAGAUUAUACAUCAGCAAUUGAAAACGCUGAAUACAAAUCAGAGUCCAACAAGGAAUACUCAACCUCUGCCCCCAAGAAUCAACCAAGAUGUAAGGGAGGAUGAUUGACAGAGUCCAACAAGGAAUACUCAACCUCUGCACCCAAGAAUCAACCAAGAUGUAAGGGAGGAUGAUUGACAGGGUAUUCGCAUUGCAUUCAAGAAAGACCUGCAGAACCUCCAAGAUUCCAUCAAGAAAGAGGGCAAGAUUACAAUAGGGGUCCAAGAUUGUGUCAAGAUUAUCGUCAUCACCUCCAAGAAGUCAAUCACAACCCUUUGUUUCAAAGACGUCAAGAUCUUUUGUUGGAUUUCUCCAGCGACGAAGAAGAAGAUUACUUGGAGAUGGAUGACAAUCGACGGUAAUUUCAAAGGAGGCCGAAUAGGCACCAAGAUGCACCAUUUCAAAAUGAAAAUUUGCCUACCUACCUUCGGCGGCAAAAUGGAAAUUGAGGGGUUCUUGGAGUGGGUUUGGAAUGUGGAAAAUUUUUUCUCAUACAUGAACACACCGGAAGAUAAAAAGGUACGCCUCGUUGCUUUUAAACUUAAAGGUGGUGUCUUUGCUUGGUGGGAUCAAUUAGAGGUCAAUCGUCAAAGGUAUGGUAAGCGGCCUAUUCGGAGUUGGGAACUUAUGAAAAGACUAAUGAGGUAACGGUUCCUUCCCGUCAAUUUUGAACAUAUUUUAUAUAAUCAAUAUCAAAAUUGCCAUCAAGGACUUGUUCAAUUGCCGAUUAUACUGAGGAGUUCCAUCGGCUCGGGGCAAGAACCAAUCUUUUGGAAAGCCAACAGUAUUUGGUAGCUCAGUUUAUUGGUGGAUUGGGUGAUGUGGUUGCACAUCCAUAUUGUUAUUGUCUUAUGAAAUAAUUUUUUAAGGAUUAACACAUUUCUUAGAACCUUAGUGUGCUCUUAUUAUUGUAGAUCUCUUUAGUAAAAUUGACAUUUGAUUCUGUAGAGGAAACCAAAUGAUACUUACAUAUUAAUCAAAUCUACUUUUGUUUUA